UAUAUAUAUACUUUUAUGUUUAUGGGUAUUUUGCCUGCAUGUAUGUCUACGCAUCAUGUGUGUGAUGCCCCUGGAGGCCAGAAGAGGGUGUGGGUACUAGGGAUCCAGGUCCUCUGGAAGAGCAGCCAGUGCUCUUAAGCACUGAGCCAUCUUUCCAACCCAAAGCUGGUUUCUUUUAAAACGUAACAUAGCUUAGUGUGGUGUCGUUCACCUGUAAUACUAGCACUCUGGAGGCUAAUGCAGCCUGGGCUGUAGCAAGAAUAUCCUAAAGGAAAAAAAGAGCAAAUACUAACAUAAUUAUUCAGAUGUCUUUAAGUACCAUGAGGCAGACUUCCUGAGCCCAAGGUUGAGUGGUGAGCACAGAUGGUGAGUUCUUAGGUUACCACCCAUUUUAUUUAAGAACAGUUUUUUAUUUGUUUGUUUUCUGGCCAUCUUUCCUGCUGUAGCAACUCUGCAAGGAAACCUCCACUCCUAUUUUUAGUUUGAAUUUUUAAAGACAAAAGCAGUUCUGUACAUUUGAUACUGUAUGAGAAAGAUGAUUUCAAUGUCUUAAAACUUUAUAUUUUAGGGAAUUUUUAGAGAAUCAUUAACUAAUGAUAAAUUAAUGGCAUGAGUCCACUAUUUUUUUUUUGCAGUUGUUCAAUACAACUUCCUGUGUCCUUUCUGUUCUAACAGUUCCUUAGCUAAAAUAAUUUUCAAAUUCUGAAUGUUCAGUUUGAAUUUUCUCUGCCUUUUUUAAAGGCUUAUAUUAUUUGCGCAUAGAGGAUAAUAUGUCCCUCAGCUGAUUUUUUUUCUUAAUGAAAAUAAUAUCUGCGUUUAUUUACAUAUACCUUCUUUUAAUGCUUUCAGAAGAUUUUUUUCCUUUAAAAGGCAUAGGUUAAACCACAACUAUAACUUGUAGAAACAAAUGAUAGUAAUCCUUUGGUGUUUGCUCUCUAAAUUGGUGAUCCAUUUUCUAACUUCAGAAACAUUUAAUAUAUGUGUUUUGAAGAGCUCCACACAGACAAGUUCUUUGAGAUGACAAAGUGCUUUAAGAAUUUGAAUUUCAUUUGUUUUAGGUCAAGUAUACCCCAGUGGGGAGUAGUUAAUGUAAGGUAGUUGAGUGAUUUAAACACGGAAUAACAAAACAGCAAAAUCUAUGCGUAUGAUGUCUAGCUUUCUUAGAAAAUGCUUUGUAAUCCCAUUUUCUGAGUGCCAGAUUUACUGUGCUUUGAUUGUGUAUACUUUGAUCUGCAAUUCUCAUUGCAAAAAUAGUGUGUGCAGUGUUGUAUUUGGGAAUUUAUUUUUAAGAAUUUUCCAAGUUUGUUUUUUUCCUUUUUUGUAUAUUACUUUGUUUGAAGACAAUGUCUAAAUAUGUAGCACUGGCUGGCCUCAAACUCAGUGUAUGGACCAUUGAUCUACCUCUUCUUCCCCUUGACUGCUAGAAUUCCAAGUGUGUGACACUACCCCUGGAUGUUUGGGUGAUUUUUUUUUUUUAAAUACAUUAGACUAGUAGUAUUUAAGGUAGAAAGUAGGUUCCAAAGAGCAAUAUUUUUGUUGUAUAAUUAAGAAAAGACAUUAGGGAUAGGCGUUUUAUAAAAAGAAACAGGGUCUGAUUGGUUAAUAAUGUAGGAGGCUAGAAGUUCAAAAUCUUAUGCAUGCUCCUCUUUCUGUCUCCUGCCUCAUGCGUGGUGAUUUGACUAACCUCAUUGUUCCUAAGUGAAUAUUUAGUGUAGUAGACUUAAAUUUUCAUCUUUAAAAAAUGCAUUCAUUUUGUUUAUUUUUUAAAUUAUAUUAAGGAUAUAAGGCCAUUUUCAUGCAAAUACAUAAUAUACUUGAAGAUAUUCCCCCAUUUUCAUCUUUUGAAGUAAAAUGAGUCUUUUGUUGUAUUUUAUCCAUAAAUCCUUAAGGCUAAGAGAAUGAUUUUGAGGCAAGAUUCACCUGCCUUCUCUUUGUUUUUGUUUUUUGUUUUAUUUUUUUCUUUCUGUCCUUUCUUGGGGCUGGAAUCUGGUGCCUGGAACAUACUAGGUAAGUGUUGUACACUGAGCUAAGCGUCCAGCUCUUUCAGCUUGUUCUUUUUAUAGCAACUCACGCUCAUGGAAACUAACUGGUGUCCCAAAAGAACUACAUUAAUCCCUUCUAGGAGCAGUGUCUCUUGUGGUCUCAUCACCUUCCCCUAGCUGCCACUUCUGAGAAGUUCUACCACCCACCUCUCAACCUUGCUUUGUGGAGAGUCGUGUUCUAGUUAGACCAUUUCCAUUUUUCCUGGUGGAAGCAUGUUUUAAGUGGUUCUGCCGAACUGCUCCUCUCCUGGGGAAGCUUACUUGAUACAAAGGCUUCUGACUGAUGUUUGCUGAUUGAAUAUUUUGAAUGCCAUGAAAAUCAUUUGUAAGCACAUAUACUUUGGUGUUUACAGAGCCCGAUGCCCAGGUUCAGAUCUUCUGCCACUUUUUGAGUAUUAAUGAGUUGUUUAACUUCUGUCUCUUUAACUGUAAAGUUGGGUAAAGAAUAAUGCAUCUUUUAAAGCAUUGAUGUUGCUGUUGAAGUAACUCAUCUAAGAAUUUGGUGCAUCCUUCUCAUGCAUUGUGUUACGAAUUUAUAUUAAGAAGCUAGUGGAAGUUUCUUGUUUUCAUUAAUGCUACAGUUUACACUGCUGUAUUUAUGGUCCAAAAUGGAAAAUACAUACAUUUAAUGUUCCUUUUUGAAAAUAGUUAUUGUAUUAACUACCAAAAGAAACUUGUUCUUAAAUUAGUGAGUGCCAAGUAUUAUUUCUGUAUCACCAAACUCUUUCUGCUUCAUGGCAAUGUCAUUUUCAAAGGGACAUUUAAAUACUCUGUACCCAUGUAGACAAACAGUAAUGUUAGAUUUGGCAUUUAUAAAGGUACUGUGUAUUCUGUUAGGUUUUUAAUAAAUAAGUGUGUGUGCCAUGGUAGUUGUGUAGAUGUGAGAGGACAGCUUGGAAAUUGGUUCUCUCCUUCUGCAAUAUGGGUCCUGUGAACUGAAUGUCAGCCUUGGUGGUGGAUGCCUCUACUUGCUCUGCCAUCUCCCUGACUCUAGUCUGUUGUCUCUUCUGUUCUAGCCGAAUUUAAAUCAGUUUGUGCAGACACAGACAGAGUUGUUUUCUUUCAGUGGGCAUUUUGUUUAAAGUUUUCACUUAGGGAUUAUAUUUGUAAGGAAUGUUAUAAAGUGCAUGUUGCUUUUUGGAAAAAAAUUAACAGUUAUAAUACUGUAAUUUAAGAACAAGCUUCUUUUUGUAGAAUUCAAUUAUUUUAUGUAAUUUCAUAAAGGUUAUUUAUAGUUACUGAAAGAGAAUUGGCUAAACAAGCGACAGUCUCCACCCUGAAAUGCGUGGUUAAGGCAAUACAGAGAGACCGCUAACGUGGAAAGGUGACGGGGGAGGGCAGCUAAUGGGGCUCUGGUCUGUGUUUCCCCCUUUCGUUUGAAUUUAAUAGAUUGUCCUUUGACUCUUCCCUACUUGAUUUGUGUGACUCAGUGAAAGUGGUGUGUAUGGUGCUCCCCACUGCUUCACUGCUACUGAAAACACUAAUAAAGAAUUACUGAGAAGAGUCAGAAAUCAUGACUAAACAGUAUGUAACAAUUUUAUUCAGCUCUAUAAACAUGUUUUAUUUAUUCAGUUGUGUGAAGGGGCAUGGGUGUGCUAUAUAUAGCAUAUAUAUUGAGGUCACAUGACAAUUUUUUGGUUCUUUCCUUUCACCGUGUUGAGGCAGGGUUUGUCUUUUUUCUGCCAUGCUGUAUCCUCCAAGUUAGCUGGCUUGAAAGCUUCUAGAUGUUUCUCUAGUUUCUGUUUCCUGUCUCACUGUGAAAGUGCUGAGACAGCAGAUGCAGACCACUGCAUCUGGCUUUUUACACGGAUUCCAGGAUCCAACUCGGGUCACCAGGCUUGUAUGCCAAGUACUUUUAUUUGCUGAGUUGUCUGGCUGGCCCCUAAAUCUUUUUUUCAAUAAGAAAUUACAUUAGAUUCAGAGUCCUUUUUAUGCUAAUUAAUUUAAACUAAUUCAGACGUUUAUAGAGAGCGAAAAGUAAUUCAGGAGCCUCUUUUACUCUUCUCCAACUCUGUAUAUAUGUGUACCUGUGUACCUGUAUACAUGUGUGUGGGUGGCAUGUGCACAUGUGUCCGCAUGUGUAUGAAAGCCAGAGUUCAACUUCGGAUGUCUUCCUCAGUCUCUCUCCACUUUUCUUUUUUUUCAAGAUAGGGUCUCUCAUUAGCCCUGUGGAUAGACCACUGAUUCAAGUAGGGUAGGUGACCAGCAAGCCUCAGGGAUCGCCUCCUGUCUCUGCCUUCCUGAUGCCGGCCGGGCUUGUAGGUAUGUGCAGCCACACUCAGCUUUUUUACGUGGCUGUGGGGGAUCCCAGCUCAGGCCCUCAUACUUGCAUGAUAAGCAUUUUACCUCCUUAGCCACCUCCCAGUCUCUUCUCCCUCUUUAUGCAAAGAUAAACUUCAAUUAAUAAUUUGGUAAGAAACUUUAUAGUACCCCCCAACCCAGGGCAUAUGCCUUAAUAUCUUCAGGUACUAAUUGAUAGUAAUCAGUAUUUUUGUUCAUAAAAUUGUUUUUUUUUUAAUGUAAAUAGAAAAUCUCAGAGAUAAUGUAUUAGUACUUUGUAGAUUCUAAACUAUUGUUUUAUGUACUGUUUUUAAAUGAAUAAAUCUUCAAUAAGUGUUUGAAAGUGAAAAUGUUAAUGCAUUUAAACAUUCUUGAUGUGGUGGCCCACGCCUUUAAUCCUAGACUGAGGAGGCAGAGGCAAGCAUCUCUCUGUGAGUUCAAGGCAAGCCUGGUCUACAUAGAGACUUCCAGGCUGGCCAAGUGAGACCCUGUCCAAAAACAAACAAACAAAAAGAACAAAGACAAAGACAAAUUCUCAAAAAUCGAGUUUUUUUAUAUACUUUUAUUUCAGUGUGCUUUUUCUACUUAGUAAUUGUGUUGUUGAGCUGAGAACAUCUCCACCAGUAAUGUGCUUGCUUGCCUUGCAAGCCUGAGGCCCUGAGUUCAGAUCCUUAGCACCCACUUAAAAAUCCAGGCAAUCCAGUCUCUGUGGAGUGGAGACUAUCUCUAGGGCUCAGUCAGUGAGUUCCAGGUUCAGGGUGAGAACCUGGCUAGAUUAAAAAGGAAGUUGGAGAGUAAUAGAGCAGGGCGUUGAUGGCAAUUUCAGUGCAUACAUGCACAUUCACACACACAGUGUGUUGUGGAUAGCUAAAGACUUCUUACUAGAUUUUGAAUACCUCAAGUUGUGAAGCAUCUGGCUUUAAAAACCUUUCAAAUUGUAGGACCUAUUUAGGCAUAUAUAUUAGGAAAACUGAAUGCAUUCUGGAAAAAAAAAAAUACGUUCCUGAGAUUUCCUUUCAACAAUACUUUUGAAGCACAGAUAAACUUACUUCCUGUCACACAGUUUCCUGUAUCCAUGGUAACCCCGUUUUACACAUUGACUGUAGAGGAACCAGUGUGAAGAGUGGCGUUUCCUGAGCAAGCUGUGACUUUAAAAUUCAAAGGAGGUGGUGUGUUGGAGGUCAGCAGUGGCCCAGAAAGAAAUUGAGUUAAGGAAUGGCGCUCUUCAGACUUAAAACAAAAGUCUUUGCUUAAGUAAGCCAAGUGGUGAUAUGAUUUUCUUUUUCUUGAAUUACAUCCAAGGGUCCCUAAGCCAUUGUCUUCAUUGACUCAUCUUCAGGGAAAUUCCAAUUUUGUGAAUGCAAACUUUUGGGUCUUCAAGACUGGCUAGCCUCUUCAGCCAUUGCUGUAAACAUCUGUUGUCAGAAUCCCCUAUCUAUGUGUGGCACAACAUUAUGUUAUAUUAAAUGGACUGACAUUACAAAUUGCACUUUACCUUCGACAAACAUAUCCAGAGCUUGGGCUGUAAAAUCUCUUCAUAUUCAUCACAAGACCACUGCACUAAUGAUGGCCUGGCAUAAAGUAACCACAAGUGGGGAACAUUUGGAAAACACUGUGACUGAGAGCAUUACCGUCUGGGAGCGGAUCCGAGCUUCAUCUGCCAGUAGGUUUUUUCAAGAGAAUACACUUGGUAAUAAUGCAUUAGAGACGACCACAGUUUUACCUGUGCAAAUACAGCUUACUCCUGUUAACUUGAACUUGGAAAAAAACAGUGCUCUGCCAACUGAUGCCUCUUCUGUGUCAGGAAAAACAUCUCUAAUUUGUACCCAAGAAGUUGAGAAGUUGAAUGAGGCGUUUGACAUUUUGCUAGCGUUUUUCAUCUUAGCUUGUGUUGUAAUCUUUUUUUUGAUCUACAAAGUUAUUCAGUUUAAACAAAAAUUAAAGGCACUAGAAAACUCAGUGGAAAAUAGACUUGAGUAUUACAGCUUUUAUCAGUCAGCAAGAUAUAAUGUAACUGCCUCAAUUUGUAAUACCUCCCCAAAUUCUUUGGAAAGUCCUGGCUUGCAGCAGAUUGGACUUCAUAAACAAAUUGUUCCUGAAAACGAGGCACAGGUCAUUCUCUUUGAACAUUCUGCUUUAUGAAUCAAUUAAAUAUUGACUAUAAAAAACCAUGUAGUGCCAUGUGGAUAUAAAAUUUAAUCUUUCUUAUAGAAUUAUAUACUUUACUUGGAAACAUAAUAAAUUAUAUGAUGUUAGGAUUAUUAAGAUGCAUAUUAGUAAUUUGAAUAAAGUGUAUUUAUUCUGCA